AUGGGCGCCGCUACUCCCUCCUGCUCCUCCACCUCCACCUCCUACUGGUUGGACUCGUUCCCAUCCGACUUGAGCUUCAGCAGCGGCGAGAUGCUUGACGCCGAAAGGGAGAAGCCAACAGCCUCGGCGCCGUCAUACAUCGGCGUGCGCGCGCGGCCGUGGGGGCGGUUCGCGGCGGAGAUCCGGGACUCGACGCGGGGCGGCGCGCGGGUGUGGCUGGGCACGUUCGGCACCGCCGAAGCAGCCGCGAUGGCCUACGACCAGGCGGCGCUCUCGUCACGCGGCGCCGCCACGGCGCUCAACUUCCCGCUCGAGCGCGUCGAGGAGUCGCUCCGUGCCCUCGGCGCCACAGCCACAGGCAUGGCCGGGGCCGGCUCUCCCGUGCUGGCGCUCAAACGGCGCCACUCCAAGAGAAGAAGGCGCGGCAAGGCCGAGAUAGCGAACGAUGCGGCGACAUGCCGGAGGAGUAAUAUGAUCGUGGCCAUGGACACACGGUUCAUCGUGGAGCUGGAGGACCUCGGCGCAGACUACCUGGACGAGCUUCUCAGGAUUACGUGUAAUACAGCUUACUAG